AUGCAACGACUCGCGUUGCAUUAUCCUCCCCUAGAUCCUGCAGCAGAACCACCCACAGAACACAUUCUCCAGCAGUCGAAUCCCACCAUGUCCAACAUCAUCAGCCAGGCCGGCCAAAAGGCCAAGGAGGCCCUCACCAGUGCCCCCAGCAGCAAGAAGGUGGACGAUCUCAAGAACGAGUUCAAGGAGACCGAUAAGAAUGCCCGCCUCACCACCGACUAUGGUGUCAAGCAGACCACGGCCGACGACUGGCUGAGGAUCGUCAGCGACGACAAGAUUGGUCCUUCUCUGCUCGAGGACCCCUUUGCCCGUGAAAGAAUCAUGCGCUUCGACCACGAGAGAAUCCCAGAGCGAGUAGUCCACGCCCGUGGCAGCGGUGCCUUUGGCAAGUUCACGGUCUACGAGAGCGCCUCCGACCUCACAAUGGCCCCUGUCCUUACCGAUACCUCGCGCGAGACCCCCGUCUUUGUGCGCUUCUCUACCGUUCUCGGCAGCCGAGGCAGUGCCGACACGGUCCGUGAUGUCCGUGGUUUCGCCGUCAAGUUCUACACAGAAGAGGGUAACUGGGAUUUGGUUGGCAACAAUAUCCCCGUCUUCUUCAUCCAGGACGCCAUCAAGUUCCCCGAUGUCAUCCACGCUGGCAAGCCCGAGCCCCACAACGAGGUGCCCCAGGCCCAGAGCGCCCAUAACAACUUUUGGGAUUUCCAGUUCAACCACACCGAGGCCACUCACAUGUUCACCUGGGCCAUGAGUGAUCGCGCCAUUCCCCGUUCCCUCCGCAUGAUGCAGGGUUUCGGUGUCAACACCUACACUCUCAUCAACGCCCAGGGCAAGCGUCACUUUGUCAAGUUCCACUGGACUCCCGAGCUCGGUGUCCACUCCCUCGUUUGGGAUGAGGCCUUGAAGCUGGCUGGUCAGGAUCCCGAUUUCCACCGCAAGGAUCUUUGGGAGGCUAUCGAGAACGGUGCCUACCCCAAGUGGAAGUUUGGUAUCCAGGCUAUUGCCGAGGAGGACGAGCACAAGUUCGACUUUGACAUCCUCGAUGCCACCAAGAUCUGGCCCGAGGACCUCGUCCCCGUCCGCUACAUUGGCGAGAUGGAGCUGAACCGCAACCCCGACGAGUUCUUCCCCCAGACCGAGCAGAUUGCCUUUUGCACCAGCCACGUCGUUAACGGCAUUGGCUUCUCCGACGACCCUCUUCUCCAGGGCCGCAACUUCUCCUACUUUGACACCCAGAUCUCCCGUCUUGGUGUCAACUUCCAGGAGCUGCCCAUCAACCGCCCUGUGUGCCCUGUCAUGAACUUUAACCGUGAUGGUGCCAUGCGCCACACCAUCUCCCGCGGCACCGUCAACUACUACCCCAACCGUUUCGACGCCUGCCCUCCCGCCUCCCUCAAGGAAGGCGGUUACCUCGAGUACGCCGAGAAGGUCGCCGGUAUCAAGGCCCGUGCCCGCAGUGCCAAGUUCAAGGAGCACUUCAGCCAGGCCCAGCUCUUCUACAACUCGAUGUCGCCGAUUGAGAAGCAGCACAUGAUCAACGCAUUUGGCUUCGAGCUCGACCACUGCGAGGAUCCUGUUGUCUACGGCCGCAUGGUUCAGCGUCUGGCCGAUAUCGAUCUUGGUCUUGCUCAGACCAUUGCCGAAAUGGUUGGCGGCGAGGCUCCCACUACCACCAACCACCCUAACCACGGCAGGAAGACCAUCAACCUCAGCCAGACCGAGUUCCCGCCUGCGACGCCCACCAUCAAGUCCCGCCGUGUUGCCAUCAUCAUCGCCGAUGGCUACGACAACGUUGCUUAUGACGCUGCCUAUGCCGCUAUUUCUGCCAACCAGGCCAUCCCUCUUGUUAUCGGCCCCCGCCGCUCCAAGGUCACUGCUGCCAAUGGUUCGACCGUCCAGCCCCACCACCACCUCGAGGGCUUCCGCUCGACCAUGGUGGACGCCAUCUUCAUUCCCGGCGGGGCCAAGGCUGCUGAGACGCUCUCCAAGAACGGCCGUGCUCUGCACUGGAUCCGUGAGGCGUUUGGUCAUCUCAAGGCCAUUGGUGCUACCGGCGAGGCGGUUGACCUCGUUGCCAAGGCGAUUGCUCUGCCUCAGGUCACAGUUAGCAGCGAGGCGGAGGUUCAUGAAAGCUAUGGUGUUGUGACGCUCAACAAGGUUAAGCCUGAGAGUUUCACAGAUGCCGUCAAGAUUGCCAAGGGCGCUGCUGGGUUCUUGGGAGAGUUCUUCUAUGCUAUUGCCCAGCACAGGAAUUGGGACAGAGAGUUGGAUGGCCUGCACUCGAUGGUUGCGUACUAAGUGCAGUCAGUGGUGGAAGUCGGUACUUAUGAUAAUUAUGAUACCUAAUGUUUAUGAGUCAUGUUCUUUUCAGGAAGUUUUGGAGUGCUUUAAGUGAUAUGUGACUAGCGUGAAUGAGUGGAUGUAGCGGGGAUUACUGUUAGUGAACUAUCUCCACUGUUUUCUGCU